CUAUUCAUUAUUAAUAUGAUUGUCAAUCGGCAAACACAGUAAUCAAAGAAAUUUUGUUUUUAAAAUUACAAGUACACGUAAUUUUUGAUCUCGAUAGUUAAUUAAAUAAUCAAAAUGAAACACUGGAAAUAUUUAACAUUUGGAAUAUUGUGUUUGCUUUUAUGUUUAGAUAUUUCAAAAGCACAAGAUACAAUAGAUGUGCCAUCUGAAGAGCCAAAUUUAGCUACGGUGGAACCGGAUUUAGGUGCUAGCCGAGAAGGAUUACGAACAGAUGAUGAAGUCGUCAAACGUGAAGAAGAAGCCAUAAAAUUAGAUGGUCUAAAUGUUGCACAAAUUAAAGAGCUACGUGAAAAGGCUGAAAAAUUCACUUUCCAGACGGAAGUGAAUCGUAUGAUGAAAUUAAUUAUUAAUUCAUUAUACCGUAACAAAGAAAUUUACUUGCGUGAAUUAAUUUCUAAUGCAUCAGAUGCAUUAGAUAAAAUCCGUUUACUAUCGUUAACGGAUACCUCUCAAUUAGAUGCAACACCUGAAUUAAGUAUACGCAUCAAAGCGGAUAAAGAGACAAAAACGUUACAUAUCACUGAUACUGGUAUAGGUAUGACAAAACAAGAUUUAAUCAAUAAUUUGGGUACAAUUGCUAAAUCUGGUACAGCAGAAUUCUUACAAAAAAUGCAAGAUGCUCAAAAUACUCAAGAAUUAAAUGAUAUGAUUGGUCAAUUUGGUGUUGGAUUCUACUCAGCAUUUUUGGUAGCAGAUCGUGUAAUUGUUACAACAAAACAUAAUGAUGAUAAACAAUUAAUUUGGGAAUCUGAUGCAAAUAGCUAUAGCAUCGUUGAAGAUCCACGUGGUAAUACACUUAAACGGGGUACAACUAUUACUUUACAAUUAAAACCAGAAGCUGCUGAUUUCUUAGAAGUGGAUACAAUUCAAUCUCUAGUCAGGAAAUACUCACAAUUCAUUAAUUUCCCAAUUUACUUAUGGUCUAGUAAAACUACCACUGUUGAAGAACCUUUAGAAGAUGGAGAAGCAACUGAACCCCAAGACAAAUCUGAUGAUGUCAUCGAUGAUGAUGCCCAAGUUGAGGAAGAAACUAAAGAAGCACCUAAAACAAAAAAAGUUGAAAAAACCAUCUGGGAUUGGGAAAUUGUUAACACCAACAAGCCAAUUUGGUCCCGAAAACCCGCUGAAAUUGAGGAUGAAGAAUAUAAUGAAUUCUUUAAGAGUUUAACCAAAGACAAAAACGAUCCAAUUGGACGGGUACAUUUCGUUGCUGAAGGUGAAGUCACAUUUAAAGCAUUAUUAUUCAUCCCUAAAGUACAACCAAGUGAAGCAUUUACAAAAUAUGGACAGAAAAACACAAAUAUUAAAUUAUAUGUUCGACGUGUGUUUAUCACUGAUGAAUUUACUGAUUUGAUACCAAAUUACUUGAGUUUUAUCCAAGGUGUCGUUGAUUCAGAUGAUUUACCAUUGAAUGUAUCACGUGAAACACUUCAACAACAUAAAUUGAUUAAGGUUAUUCGAAAGAAAUUGAUCCGGAAAAUUUUAGAUAUGAUGAAAAAACUACCUGCUGAAGAUUAUGAAAAAAUUUGGAAGGAAUAUUCUACGAAUCUUAAACUUGGUAUAAUGGAAGAUCCAAGUAAUCGUACACGUUUGAGCAAAUUAUUAAAAUUCUAUUCAUCAAACAGUCCAGAUACACAAACCACUCUCGCCGAAUACGUGUCUCGUAUGAAACCCGAUCAAGAAUUUAUUUAUUACAUCGCUGGUCUCAACAAGCAAGAAGUACAAAGCUCACCAUUUGUUGAACGUUUAUUAUCCAAAGGCUAUGAAGUAUUGUACUUAACUGAAGCUAUUGAUGAAUACUGUAUAUCAAACUUACCUGAAUUUGAAAUGAAAAAAUUCUCGAAUGUAGCCAAAGAAGGAUUCAAAUUACCUGGUGAAACAUCCGAGAAACAAUUGGAAGAAUUGAAGAAAACAUUUGAACCACUUACAAAUUGGCUAUCGAGUGUCGCAUUAAGCAAUUACAUAUCAAAAGCUACAGUUUCGGAACGUUUAACAGAUUCGCCAUGUGCGUUAAUUGCACCUGUUUUUGGAUGGACUGGAAACAUGGAACGCUUAGCAAUUUCGAAUGCAAAUCAAAAAGCUGAAAAUCCGGAAUUAACAUAUUAUUUGAACCAAAAGAAAGCAUUUGAAAUCAAUCCAGGACAUCCAAUUAUUAAAGAAUUGUUACGCCGUGUUGAAAAUGAUCGUGCUGAUGACGAAACUCGAAACAUUGCUGUAAUGUUAUUCAGAACAGCAACUUUACGAUCAGGUUAUUUAUUACGUGAAACAUCCGAAUUUGCAAGCUCUGUUGAACAUUUAAUUCGUGAUUCGUUGGGUAUCCCAGCCGAUGAAGUACCUGAACCUAUUAAUUUUGAUAGUGAUGACAAAGAGAAAGUAGACUCGAAUAAUGAGGACGUUGAUGAACCUGAAGAACACGAUGAAUUAUAAUAAUAUUAAAUUUGAUCUGUUAAAUAGAUCAUGUAUGCAAAAAAAAUUUGACUAUUAAUCGCUCAUUCCUUUUGCAUAAUAUGUUUUGUUUUAAAAACAACGUGUUUCAUUUAGUUAAUUAUGUUAUUUAAAUUAU